AUGUCGGUCCAAGCAGCGAUGAAGGCACCAUUCCGUCUAGGAACCAAGGAGGUCUUCCUGUACGUCCCUCUCAAUCGCGCACUCACAAUACCAGGACCUUGCGACGAACGAAAAAGUGCUGACGAGCAUGAAACAGANCCCAACUUCACAGUAACCCUCAUCCGCACACCGCGCAUGCCCGCCAGCUUCGCCAAAUUCAUCGUGCCCCUCAACAUGAACAAGCUCGACCUUCGCGACUACCUCUUCCACGCCUACAAUGUCCGCGUCGUCAGCGUCCGCUCCUACAUCGACCAACAAAAAGUUACACAAGGCAAACCCAAUGCCCCCAAGAUGCAGAUCAAGCGCUGGUUCCGCCCGCGCGCCAUCAAGAAGAUGACCGUCGAACUGGAGAGCCCGUUUGUAUGGCCCGAACUGCCGACCAAGGACGAGUUGAACGAGAACUGGAGCAAGGACACACACGCCCAGGCGCAGAAGGAUAACGACAAGUACUCCGAGCAAAGAGGUAGACUGGCAGACACAUUUGUGGACAAGGACGAGAGAAAGAGCAUGAGAGAGCAGGCUAGGGCGCUGUUGGAGAGAAAGGAACAAUGGAAGCCUGCCGAAGAGUUGGGCUUUGCUGCACCAAAGAAGUAA